CCCGGCCCCCCGCCCCGCACAGCGCGGCACGGCCCGGCCCGGCCCCGCACAGCGCGGAGGGCGCGGCGCGGCGCGGGGGGCGGCGGCGGGGCCCGGGUGCGCCCGGCGGCGGGGCCAUGCCGGAGCCGAACCAGGCGCAGGCGCCAGCACCUCUGCCUCGGCUAUUUUUACCCGCUGGGAUCACGAGCGAGCAGGUGACCUUCCCCGAGGGACGCUGCCACGCGGGGAGGGGACAGCCGCCGGCACUGGGGCACCCGUCGGGCUGCGAAACGGCUGUUUCCCGGCUGUUGUGGCGGCAGCAGCAGCCGGUGAAGAGCGUUUUGGAGGGGCUGCUUGUGGCUUGAUAGAGAAGGAGGAUUGAGCGGCAGAAAGGAGCCACUUGUUCAGCUCCAGAGGUUGGUGUCAUCAGGAGCCAGCGGCUGAGGGCAGCGUGCCAGCGGAUCAGCUAAAGCCCAGGGACGAUGAGAACCAUCACAGCCGAGAGCCGACUGGGACCUGGAGGAGCCACUGUGGCGCAGUGCCGCGGCUGAGGCCGGUGUGCCAAGCCGUGCUGGACUCCAGCGGUGGCUGCUCUCUGCUCGGCACGUGGAGCCGUCGGGGGCCCUUGCCACGGCUGGACCACGCGGAUGGAAAGCUGCAGCCCGGCAGGAAGCCUCGCUGGCCAGCUGACGCCAUCCCGCGCCCUACAUCCCAGCCCUAUGCCGGAGCAGGUGCCCUCCCCGGCUCAGCCGCCCGCCGACCAUGAAGUGCUCGUUGCGCUUCUGCUUCCUCUCGACCGCCUUCCUGCUCGUCUUCGUCAUGUCCCUCCUCUUCACCUACUCCCACCACAGCAUCGCCUACCUGGACCCUGGCGGGCUGGGUGGCAUCCACCGGGUGAAGCUGGUACCCGGCUACGCUGGGCUGCAGCGGCUCAGCAAGGGGGGGCCAUACUCCCGAGGCUGUGCCUGCCACCGCUGCCCGGCCGAGGAGGCUGGGGCUGCCGAAUGGUUUGACGGGCGCUACGAUGGUGCCGUGUCCCCGGUGUGGACCAAGGAGAACAUGGACCUGCCACCUGACGUCCAGAGGUGGUGGAUGAUGCUGCAGCCCCAGUUCAAGUCCCACAAUACCCACGAGGUCCUGAGCAAGCUCUUCCAGAUCGUGCCGGGGGAGGAUCCCUACCGCUCCCGCGACCCGCGCCGCUGCCGCCGCUGUGCCGUGGUUGGCAACUCGGGCAACCUGCGCGGCUCCGGUUACGGGCCGGAGAUCGACGGGCACGACUUUGUCAUGCGGAUGAACCAGGCCCCCACAGUGGGUUUUGAGGGUGACGUGGGCGGUCGGACCACACACCACUUCAUGUACCCUGAGAGUGCCAAGAACCUGCCUGCCAACGUCAGCUUCGUGCUGGUGCCCUUCAAAACCCUGGACCUGCUCUGGAUCGCCAGUGCCCUCUCCACCGGCCAGAUCAGGUUCACAUACGCACCUGUGAAGCCUUUUCUGCGGGUGGACAAAGAAAAGGUGCAGAUCUAUAAUCCUGCCUUCUUCAAGUACAUCCACGACCGCUGGACGGAGCACCACGGGCGCUACCCCUCCACUGGCAUGCUGGUGCUCUUCUUCGCCCUCCAUGUCUGCGAUGAGGUGAACGUCUUCGGGUUCGGCGCCGACAGCCGGGGCAACUGGCACCACUACUGGGAGAACAACCGCUACGCCGGGGAGUUCAGGAAGACAGGGGUGCAUGACGCUGACUUCGAGGCACACAUCAUCGACAUGCUGGCCAAAACCAGCAAGAUCGAGGUUUACCGGGGGAACUGAGGGAUGCGGCUCCUCUGGCUCCCCAGACCUGGCUGGUCCCGUCUGCCCACGGGGGCAGAGGGUCUCCCCGGCAGCCUCGGGUGAUGGGCGCUGGGUGGGCAGCACAGCCCCGUGCCACCCAUGGAGCCGCCCUCAGCAAUAUUUGGUGCCUCCAGCAGCCAAUCAGGUUCAGAGCUAAAGGAGACUGUUGGCUUUUUUUUUUUUUUUAAUUAUUAUGAUUAUUAAGAAACUCAGCUGAGAAAGGAUUUGUAAACACAAUCAGCGAUGGACCGAGCGGCGGGGGCGUCCGCUUUGCAUCUCUUUACAGUCAAACCAAAUGCUGCUCUUUUUAAAACAAGACAAACCCCCCCACCCGCUGAAGCCGGGUGACUUUGGGGAGCACCCAAGCAUCGUGUCCAGGCCAAGGGAGACGUGGCAGCCGAGCAGCCUUGCCAGUGGAACCAGCUGCUUCUUUCUUCCUUUCUUUUGAUAAUUUUUUGUACCCACCUGGGGCAGCCGCUGCCGUCACUUCCCUGCGGAAGGCUCCUGGCGCACAGGCAGGUCCCAGCGUGGUUGUGAGCACAUGGACCCAUCAGGAGGAGCUGGUGGCUGUGGGAAGCCAACCAUCGCCGGCUGAUGCUCUGCAGUGGGCUGGGGGAUGGAGAGAACCCUGGCUUCAGGGCCAGGCAUCCCCGCUCCUCUUGGAUUGAGGAAGGGUAGGAUGGAUUUCAGGAGCGACCAGGAAAAAGGCAGCUAAGAAACCCGCAGGAGUGGCAGCCUGGUUCCUCCGUCUGGGCUCCCUCAGAGGAUGCUCCAGGGAUGCGGGAUGCAGCUGCGGGUCCUGCCCCGCCAGAGGGAAGGAGCUGAGAUUUCCUUUUGCUUUCAGGCUGGGAAAAAAGAUUAGAGAUAGCUUUAGUGGGUGAAUGAACCAUGCUUUUUUGUGUUGCUAUGAAGAGACAGCUCUGGUGAGAAGCUGAAAUCCCAAAGUCUUUGCUCCGUUUGUGAGGGUGGGGCUUGGUUUACACCAGUUUGGUGCAGCUGGUGCCCUCAGGGUCCCUGUGGCUUUUUGGGCUGGACAGGCUGCCCUGGGGCACAGGAUGGGGACAUGCGGAAGGAAACUGCCUCCCCAGAGGUGUAACUAAAACCACUCUCUUUGGGUCAAUCAGGUGGGUGGGGUGGUUUUCUUUAGAAGAUUCUGGAAAGCUCAAGAAAAAGGCAAUCAUGGGAAAGAUCCCCUGGAGAGGGACCCUCUGCCUGCGCAGCCGGUGAUGGCGUUGGGUGCCUGGCACAGCGAUGGGUGCCCGGGGCACAAGCCCCGUGGCUCCUGGGGCAGGGACUGCGGGGCUGGGGGGAGCCCUGCCUGCCCUGCCUGGUUGCAAUAGGUAUUUGAGGAACAAUCACCAUAGGGUUUUUUUGGGCUUGGAGGUUGUUUUUUUUUACCCUUUUGCAUCUGGCUUUUCUGUAGCAGCCUCUUACUGUUUCUCUGCUUCAGUUUGGUUGUUUUUCAGAGUUUUCUUCUUUUUGAGAUUUCUCUCUGCAAUCAUCAAGGGUUUGGGUCACCUGGAGCAGGCACUGAGCAUCCCCUGGGCUGGGGAAAUUCAUCUUUUUUUGUGGUGGGUUUUGGUAGAAGCAGCACCCCCCCCGACACAAGCAGCCUGCCCACAACCUGCAGCCACCACAGCCAGCCUGAACCCCGCCCAACCCCGGGACAUGGAGACAGGUUAUAGUGAGCCCCUGUCUCCACCUUUCUGGGUUGUUUGUUAGGGGAAGAAAAAUUAAAACCACAAAACCACGAGCAACUACGAGUGCCUUGACCAUCUCCUGUCGGCUACACCAGGCUGUGCUGCUCCGGUGGUGGGGGGUUGGCCGAUUUAUCCGGCAGCUGUACCUGCUUCCCAAAUAGCUCCGGGCUGGAUCUUAACUGGGAUGUGCUGCUGGGGGAGACAUGGACACAUCCAGGCCACCACGCCAGUGGCCAGGGAGGUCAAAUCCAGUGUGACAAGGCUGGACCAGCUCUUGUCCCAGCUGAGUGGGGCCAGGCCAGACAAUCACAGGGCAAGUGGAGAUGCCGGGCACCAAACCCGCCGGCAGCACUGUGCCAGCAUCUGGCAAAGAGCACGCUCACGGCUCCUUGCUGCCCUGACAGUAUUUUUUUUGGCUACCUUCCUUUCCCUAAUUCCCCCCUUUUUUUUUUUUAAUAAUUAUUAUUAUUUUUUUAUUUAAGCUGUCCCGCUAGGACUCGCAACCACUUGUUUCUCUGGCAGAGCGGCCGCCGGCGCUAGGAGCACACUGCACGCCCGGCGGGGCUGCCGAGCACCACUGUACUGUACAUAGAGGAGAUGUAGGCAGAGGCUGCGGGCAGGGGACAGGCAGGCAGGAGGUGCCCGUCCUUGCCCACCUGGCAGAGGUCUUCAUCACGCGGUGCCUGACGGAGCACCCAUCGCCUCCCGCCCUGCCGGGACAGGCCAGUGCUCUGACCCAGGGCUAGGAGCAGGCGGGUGGCUUUGCCCGUAGCCUCUGUGUACAUGGGUACUUCUGCACACAACUGUCUUAAAACUAUUUUUUUUUUUUUUUUCUAAAAAAGUCAAUAAAAACCAUGCAUCGGU